CGGACUCAGUAGUAGCGACAAGAAAUCCGAGCGAGCCGCACUGACCACACACGCUCCUCUUCUGAGCGCAGCUGCCAAACUUGAAACGUUCGUUCUGUGUUUUUGUUUCCUUCUCGGUGCAGGACGCGUCUCACAACCUGUUUCUCAUCGCACAAUGUGUUACCAAAAGGAUUAAAGUCACUAUUACGGACGUCAAAUCCGCGCGGGACUUAUUUCGGGUUUGUUGCUUGCCUUUGGAAGAACAGUGUACUUUCGUAUACUAUAUAUAGCAUUUAAAGUGCUUAUUAAAGAAAUUUCAUUAAUGAUCAAAAGUUUCGAAACUGUAUUGCACUAGUUACUCUGCCAUUUUGCUGUAGUAGUGUUGUUAUUUUAAGUACGCGCUCUCAGACGAAGACUUACCUCAGCAUGGCUGGUCUCGCCACUGGUUUAACGCACGAAACGCGGUGCAUUUCUGUUUUUAGCAAGAGACAGUGACCGCGCUCUGUUCCUAAUGCCUGAUGUGAAAUCCCCCUGUGGUUUUGAGGUGUCCGAGAAUGAGCACGGAUCUGGAGCGCGCUUCUCUCAAGUCGGGCGCGAACUCCCUGGGCUCCGGUGGCCGCGCGCUCUCCGUUAACGUCAAGAAGUUGCACAACGCGCUCAACGUACUGCUCAACGACUUCGAGAGGGAGCAGUUCAUCCACUGUCUCAACGUGUAUCACGCCAAGCGCAAUGUCUUUGAUCUCGUGCAGACUCUCAAAGUCAUUCUCAACACACCUAACAAGCGCCAACUGUUACCCAUGCUGCGCCUGGUUAUACCCCGCUCGGACCAGCUGCUGUUCGACCAGUACACAUCGGAAGGGCUUUAUCUGAAAACAGAUCUGCUGGCUGCAGCCAGUGUCAAGCAUGAGUGCUCGGAAGACAUUAGCACCACGAACGCGCAUGCAGGAGCAUCCUCGGUGCACUUUCUGCUCGAGUCCGAGCAGGCCGGUCCCAGUCACGGAUCCAUGCGCGCCGCUCCUGUUUUCAGCACCACGGCUGAGGGGACAGCGGCAGCGAUGAUGCAAGAAGCACCUGAUGAAAUCCGUCAAGUUACGCUGAAAAGGAGCAAGAGCCACGAAGGCCUGGGAUUCAGCAUACGGGGUGGGUCAGAGCAUGGAGUUGGCAUCUAUGUGUCUUUGGUGGAGCCGGGAUCAUCCGCUGAGAGAGAGGGGCUCAGAAUUGGAGACCAGAUCAUGAAAGUCAAUAACAUGGUGUUUGACCGAGUCACUCAUGGAGAGGCAGUCAAGGUAUUGAAAGGUUCUAAGAAGCUUUCCAUGUCGGUCUGUUCUAUGGGACGGAUCCCAGGUGGUUACGUGACCAAUCAUGUGUACACAUGGGUGGACCCUCAGGGCCACAGUGUGUCCCCACCACCAGACUUGUUGGAGCAGCAUGGCUCAGGAGCAAGACUGUCAGACAUCCAGCAACAUGGCCACACACACAUUCGGCACGAGGGUGCUGAGAAGAAGGUGAAUAUCUCACUGGAUGAUGGGCGAUCUCUGGGUUUGAUGAUCCGUGGAGGUGCUGAGUAUGCUCUGGGCAUUUAUAUCACAGGAGUGGACCGAGGGUCUGCCGCAGAAUACAGCGGGCUAAAGGUGGGGGAUCAGAUUCUGGAGGUCAAUGGACGUAGUUUCUGGAGCAUUUCUCAUGACGAGGCCGUGCAGAUCUUGAAGAAUUCCCGCCACAUGCUGAUGACCAUAAAGGACGUGGGACGGCUGCCUCACGCACGCACUGUGGUGGAUGAGACCAAAUGGAUUCCCAGUGCACAGAUUGCAGAGAGCUCGGCCAAUAGCAAUACCCAGAGUGUUCUGCCUGUUGAUGUUGGAGCAGGAAGUUCAGGAAAGUCAAUCUGUUGUAAAAGUGUUGUGCCAGCAGUCGGAGCGGUACGUGCAGGAGCCUGGAGCUCACUGGAGGAACAGGCGUACAUGCUUUUGACAGAGACAGAGAGACAGACCAUGAGCUAUUACAUUCAAGAGUACCAGCGCGCGCACAUCGGAGUAGAGCCUCUGGCCAUGGCCCUGUUUGAACUCUUCAACACACAUGCCAAGCUGUCCUUGCUGGCUGAGGUGCGGGCUCUGAUCGCUCCGCAGGAUCUGGAGCGAUUCGACGGGCAGGUGUUACAUCGUGAGAUGGAGGCUUGGAGAGCUCGGCACGGAGGACAGGGCCUCCUGCACCCUGAUACUAUUUGCAUCACCCAUCCAGAGGGCCACAUCCCUGCUGCCUGCCAGCUGACCACUGCAGUCCCUGGCUACAACAAGAACGAGUGCAGGUUGGAUGGGAGUUUGAUGCCACUUGAGAGUCUAAAUUCUCUUCCUGAUGUUGCUCUGGACAAGAUGCAGCCGUCAUCCGAGUCACCCCCUGCGUUCAAGCCUCCCCCUCCACCUGUUCGACACGCCAGCCCUAAAAAUCAGACCAAACGACCUUCGUCCAAGCUGUCCCAGACCAAUCUGCUCUUUACCGCCCCCUGUAGGCGGCACCAGGAAAACCACACCCACAAUCACUCGCACUCACCCUGCUCUGCUCACAACUCCCCGUGUACCAUCCACCACACCGCUUCCACCUGCUCGGUCCAUCACACUCCUCCGCCAUGCUCUCACCAUCACAGCUCUCCACGAUCAUCAUCGUACCACGCUAGUCCUUCCUCUGGACCACCGUGUAGAGAUUUGGUUCAGUUUCUGAUGAGCAGGCAGGCGGCGGUGCUCUCCCCACACCCAGAGUCUCCAAAUCGUUCUAGAGAAGGCACCCCCAUGAUCUCUCCACGCUCCUCUCCGUCCCUUUCGCCUUCACUGCUAAUGCCUGCGCCGCCUCCCUGUAGCCCUGAGAAGCUCGAGGGCUCCCCCUCUACACACAGCUGUGGUGCGACCCAGACCAGCCCACUACAUCCUGAGCCAGAGGCGACAGAGGAAAGGCCUCAGCCCCAACUACGAGGAGCCACGCUGUCCCAGCUGUCAGACAGCGGACAGACUCUGAGUGAGGACAGCGGAGUAGAUAUCGCAGAGGCUGGGGGGUUGAGUAAGGACAGCAGCCCGCGACCAGGUAAACCUCCAUUCCUCCAGGUCACGGGUGACACACGCAGAGCGGAAGCACUCGCACAGGCCUCCGCAAAACAGGUGGGAAUAAUGGAGCCUACACUUGUACGGGUGCCCAAGUGUGCCAGUACACUAGGUAUUGCUGUUGAAGGGGGUGCCAACACCAGACAACCUCUGCCACGCAUUGCAACCAUACAGAAAGGGGGCUCCGCGCAUAUCUCUGGACAGUUACGGGUGGGUCAGGUGAUUCUGGAGGUGAACGGUGUGUCACUUAAAGGCAUGGAGCACCGGGACGCGACUCGGGUCAUUGCGGAGGCCUUUAAGACCAAAGACAAAGACUAUGUCGACUUUUUGAUCGCUGAGUUCAACUCUGCUCUGUAGAAGUCGUCCCUCGAGAGUUUUACUAGACGCCACUGCAAAGGCCUUGCACUUUACGUCAUGUCCGCACAGAGGGGCUGAAUGAGUCAUACUUGUCAUAUCUGAGUCACAAUUAGCUUAGAGUUCAAAAGCUGCAACACACCCACCUUACGUCUGUGUUCUCGCUUUAACAACGACCAGCUGCCACACACGUUCACUGAACAUGUUCCCAGUUUGUGCCGGUGGAUGAUCUGCAGAGCCAAGACUGAUGGUGACAUGUUAGAUAGGACAAGAUCAGGGUUAUAUCAAGUCUUUCAAAUUUGUGCCAUAUACACACACAUGCACGGAUACACACACGUUACCGUUAAAGUUUGGGGUCUGUAGGAUUUUUUAUGUUUUUGAAAAAUUCUCCUAUGCUCUUUUAUUUUUGUGUAUUUUAAUAUAUCUUACUCUGUUUACAGCCAUUACUCUAGUCUUUACUGUUAGGGUUACAUGAUCUGUUAGAAAUCAUUCUGAUAUGCUGAUUUGGUGCUCAAGAAACAUUUCUUAUUAUUAUCAGUGUUGAAAACUGUUGUGCUGCUAAAUAUUUUUAUGGAAACCAUGAUGCAUUGUUUUUUUUGUUUUUCACGAUUCUAUGAUGAAUGAAAAGUUUAAAAGAACAGCAUUCAUUUGAAUUAAAACACAUCUAUAUAUGUCAAUGAUCAGGUCUUCAUUGUCACUUUUGAACAAUUUUAAUGCAUCUUUGCUGAAUAAGUAUUAAGUAAAACAUUUACUGACCCCAAGCUUUUAAAUGGUAAUGUCGUGUGUAUAUAUCAUCAAAUCAUUCAUUCAUUUCAAUUCAUAUUUAUUAUAGCUAAUACGUAAUAUAUAAAGAUUUGCUGUCACAGUUCUUAAGAGAAAAUCGCAUAUAAUUUUAAUCAUAUUAUCAAAUGGAAUAGUCAUUUGUUUUGGAGGUGUUUUGUUACUCUUCCUUAUGGAAGCCUGUUUCCGCCACUGAAUUAAAAAAAAAUAAUAAUAAUAAAUAAAUAAAGUCAGAAUUGCGAUGUUUAAACUUGCAAUUGUGAGAUAUAAAGUCAGAAUUACGAGACUCACCGUUGUGAGAUAUAAAGUCAGAAUUGCGGGAUUUAAACUUGCAAUUGCGAGAAAUAAAGUCAGAAUUAUGAGAUACAGACUUGAAAUUGAGAAAUAUAAAGUCAGAAUUGCAGGAUUUAAACUUGUAAUUGGGAUGAAUAAAGUUAGAACUGCGAGAUAUAGAGUCAGAAUUGUGAGGUAUAAACAAUUGUGAGAAAUAGUCAGAAUGGCGAGAUAUAAACACAAUUGUGAGAAAUAAAGUCAGAAUUACGAGGCAUAAACUUGCAGUUGUAAGAUAUAAAGUUAGAACUGCAAGAUAUAAACUUGCAAUUGCAGGAAAUAAAGUCAGAAUUGUGAGAUAUAAAGUCAAAAUUGUGAGAAAUAAAGUCAGAAUUGCAAGAUAUAAACUCGCAAUUGUAAGAUGUCAGAAUAUGACCGAUAUGCCGUAUAAACUCAAUUACGAGAAAUAAAGUACAAUUACAUUCUGAGAAAAAAGUCAGAAUUGUGAGUUUAUAUCGCAGUUCUGACUUUAUAACUCAAUUAUACGUUUAUUGAGUUUGUAUAAUGCAAUUCUGAGAAAAAAAGUAAGAAUUAUGAGAUGUGAACUUGUAAGAAAACAUGUCAGAAUGAACUCGAAUAAAAAGUCGUAUUUACCUUUUUUUCUUUUUUUUUUUAAUUCAGUGGCUGAAACGGGCUUCCAUACUUCCUUGAUUCCGAAGGUGUUUGAUAUAUUCUUUGAUGAAAGGAACGGAAUUCAGUAUUAGUAGAUAAGUGAAGUGAUAUAAAUACACUAUUGUAAUAUGUGAAUGGAGAUCAGAGUUAUUCCUGGACAGACAGAGCGAGGAGGAGGAUUCUAGAAUGUUUUCUCAUUCUGUUUUUUUUUUUUUCUGUUCUCCUUUUCUUUCCCUCUCUGUCUGUCUUUCUCUAUCUCCCUCUCACACACACUCAAAAUCAGCUUUUUUUAAAGCUCUUAUGUCAGUGUGCAUACUUCAAAGACGGGUUAUAGAGAGGUAUAAUGAAGAAAUGCAUAGCAGUAUUUUUUGAAGAGAUCAGAUGUUCAGUGUUUGAAUUAUAUGUAAAUGCAUGGCUCCAGAUUAUGCAACAUACAGAGAGAGUUAUUGUACAUAGGUAAAAUAAUGUAAAACUGUAUAUAUUUUAUUUAUGUAAUAUAUUUUUUGCACAUACUGUUGAUAUAAUGUUUUCAAUGACUACAUCAAAAACAUUAAAUCCCUUAAAUAUAAAACCAAAACAUCAAUACUUAAAAUAGUAAGAUAGAAGUAUAUUAGUUUUUCAACCCCAAAGGAUGUUCUGUUCCCUUCAGAUGUUUUAUCCAUACACCACAUACCAUUAUGCAGAUAGUCUGUCUUUAAGUUGAUAAAAAUCUUCUUUUUGUUCAUUUGAUGCUUGUCAUUUGUUGUACUUUGCAAUGUGAAACACACAUAAUAUUGUAACUUUACAGGAAUUAAAUUAUCAUAGGCUGAUUACAGAACAACACCGUAUAAAGACAGCGCACAAUCCGAGGGUAUCAAUAUUAUGCCUGAAAUAUUUAUGAUUUAUGCCAAACUGGAAAAGAGACUUAAAUAAAUAUUUAAAGACUGAAUUAAACGUCUUACUGAUUUUUUUAUUUCUUGGUUAUAUAAUAUUGGUUAAACAUCCUGGUCUUUUUUCUGGUGAAGCAGUGUUUUGGUGCCCUCAUGUGUUCAAAUGAAGCACAUGGUUUUGAUUUCAAAGGUUUGCAGU